AUGUCCGAAGCCGAGGUGGCAGAGGAUUAUAUGGAGGAUAUUGGGGCUGAUCACGGGCGGGGAGCAAACACCAAGGGGGGGCCCAAGCGCGGCCGCGAAGGUAGUGACGCCGGUGCGGGCGGCGGUGAGGACCAGGGCGAGGGGGAGGGCGCCAAGCGCAAGAUCGUCCAGCGCAAGCGGGCCAAGCUCACGGUCGCCACGCUCAGGGUGCGUGACCUGCGGCGCCUGAUCGAGCUGUACCAGCGGUGGCAGCACCGCGUGUUCCCCCACGGCACCUUUGACCAGUUCCAGGCCUCCCUGGAGCGGCUCAGCAGCAGCGCAGAGCUCAGGGUUGAGCUCCGCAUGAUGCGCCAGGGCCUGGGCAAGAUGGUGGACCCACAGCUGGAGGAGCCACUGGCCCCGGAGGAGCAGUGGAGGCGCGCAACGGGCGCGGACGGCGGCGCGGGCGCGGGACAGGGCGCAGGGCCGGGGCCGGGCGCGGCCGCUGGCACUGCGGCGCCCGGCGGCGGUGCAGCUGCAGGUCAACCUGGGGGUGGGGGUCAGCCUGCUGACGACCUGGAUGACGACGAGCUGCUGGCCCUGCAGGCAGAGGAGCACUGGGAUGCUGCCAUGGAAGCCGUGCCAGAAGCCUUUGACGAGACACCCGGCCAGCCCCUCGCGGCUGCGGCGCCCCGGCCAGCCAACGGGGUUGCCGGUCCAACCUCAGCGGCUGCAGCGGCAGCAGCCCCAGCUUGUGGCAGUGGCGGCGGCGGCGACGAGGAUGGGGGGGAGGGCCUCGAGGACGAUGACGCGGGGCCGACUGUGGUGGCGCGGCGCAGCCAGCCAGCGGGCGGGCGGCGGCGGGCGCUUGCAGAUUGGAGCGACGACGACGACGAUGACGACGACUUUGAUGCAAUGCGCGCCACAGCGGCUCCGGCGUCGCCAUCCAACCAGCAGCAGCAGCAGCAGCAGCAGCAGAGGCAAGAGGAGCAGCAGGUCUCAGAGGGCAAAAGAGAGGCGGCCAGCCCCACCGGCGGACGAAGGGACGACAGCGCCACGGCAGCACCCGUGCCACCGUCGGCACCCCGUGCAUCGGUGUUCGUCGACGGUGAGCGGGAGCAGGAGGAGGCAGGCGCGGGAGACGCUGAUGUGGACGCCGCUGACGUGGACGAGGAUGCUAUGCUGCUGGAGAUCAUGGCGUCAGACAGUGACGAUGAGGGCGGCCGCGGGGGCGGCGGCAGCGGUGACCGUAAGGGCGGCGAGGCGAGGGACCGGCCGGGGGAGGCAUCUGACGGGGUCGAGAGAGAGCGGUCAGUUGGGGAAGAGGGGGGUGUUGAGGCCAGCGGCGGCAGGCAGGAGGGGUGCGGGGGCGAGUUGGGGUCUGAGGGCGGCGGGGCCGGCUUGCCUGAUGACAGCCUGCGGCUGGUGAUUGACACACAAGUAGGGGACAGCCGUGCCAUCAGCUGA